AGGAUUUUGAAGUCUGAGAAAUUGUAGGUGGACUUUGUGAGUUAUCGAGCAUCACAUCGGAGACAGAAAAUCUCAUCUGAAACGUAUCGGAACAAGAAAAAUGUCGGGCGUGACGAACCAGGAGGAGGAUAAGAAGCCUAGCGAUCAGGCCGCCCACAUCAACCUCAAAGUCAAGGGUCAGGAUGGGAACGAAGUGUUUUUCAGGAUUAAGAGAAGUACACAGCUGAAGAAGCUUAUGAAUGCUUACUGUGAUAGGCAAUCAGUGGAAUUCAACUCGAUUGCCUUCUUGUUUGAUGGGCGUCGUCUGAGAGCUGAGCAAACCCCUGAUGAGUUGGAGAUGGAAGAUGGAGAUGAAAUCGAUGCAAUGCUGCAUCAAACUGGAGGCUCUGUUCCGGCUUUCUAUUCCAUUGAAGGAUAGAAAGGUCCAGUUUAUAAGCUUUUGGGGGGAAUUUUACUUUCUAUUCCAUUGAAGGGAUAGAAAGCUUAAGCUUUUGGGGGGGAAUUUUACUUAAAAUCUACGGUUUGUUGAAGUAGUAUGAACUUAAAUCCUAGUUCUUGCUUAUGUUAAUAUCUUAGGAUUUAUGUAUUUGCAUGGAUUGUGUUCGUGGUCAUCUACUUGCUUAUCUUUUGAUCAUGGUCGUACGUAGUUUAGCUCUGUUUCUAUCAGUAAAGCUAAAAACCUUUAAUGUUUUACUUUGAAUCGUUUAUGGCAGUAGAGUUGUAUUUGAAAUAUUUAGGGGAAGAUGGUAUAUGACUUAUUAUCUGCAUUUUUACUAUAUUGUUAUCCAAA